AUGGCCCUGACCACCAUCUCCCUCUGGCGCAUGGUCUUCGACCAAGGCGCCGUCACCCACGACGUCCUCCACCACCAAUACCCGGGCACCGGCACAGAUGACGAUCCCUAUCAGGUUUCUUGGGUUCCUAAUGACCCACGCAACCCGCUUGAAUUCCGGACGGGACCGCGCUGGGCCAUCUGCGGCCUGGCGUCCAUCGCCACCCUGACCGUAGCGCUAGGGUCGUCGACCUACUCUGGCGGCACGGAGCAGAUCCGCGAGGAAUUCCACACCAACCAGGAGGUGACCCUGCUCGGUAUCUCGAUGUGGGUACUUGGGUUUGCCCUCGGGCCGAUGGUGUGGGCGCCACUAUCGGAGGUGUACGGACGUCGACCUAUCUCUAUACUCAGUGCGCUUGGUUUGACGAUCUUCACGACUGGCUCGGUUGGCGCGAAGAACAUCCAGACGCUCGUCAUCCUGCGCUUCUUUGCGGGCAGCCUCGGAUCGUCACCUAUGGCUGUCUCGGGGAGUAUCAUUGCCGAUACUUUUCCGCCUAUUGUUCGGGGCCUCGGAAGCAACAUCUACGCUGUCGCCGCCUUCAUCGGCCCUGCUCUGGGCCCUAUAAUUGGCAGCUAUCUCGCCUCGGCGGCCGGCUGGCGAUGGGACCAAGGUCUCCUGGCCAUCGCGGCGGGCAUCCUCCUCUUCACCAACGUUAUCUGCCUCCCUGAGACAUACGCACCUGUUCUCCUCCACGCCCGCGCAGCGCGACUCUCGGCCCUAACAGGACAACACUACACCCCUCUCUCCCCCACAAACAACAAUAACAAUACUAUAUCCCUGAAAAGCAAACUCCAAACAGCCCUCGCCCGCCCCUUCUCCCUCCUCAUCCACGAACCCAUCGUCCUCUUUCUCUCCCUCUACUCAGCCAUCAUCUACGGAAUCCUGUACCUCUUCUUCGCAGCCUACCCAAUAGUCUUCCACUCGAACUCCCUCCCAUUCCUAGCAAUCCUAAUAGGCAACAUCAUCUCCAUAGCCCUCACCAUCCCAACCUUCUACUCCUACCGUCGCAGAUCCCUCGCCUCACCUACCCCCCUCCCCCCAGAAACCCGCCUCCCCCCCUCCUUCCCAGGCUGCAUCCUCCUCCCCAUCUCCCUCUUCUGGUUCGCCUUUACAGCCAACAACACCGAAAACAACCCAAUGGUAACAGCAGCAGCAGGCCUCCCCUUCGGCUUCGCCAUCGUCUCCGUCUACAUGCCUAUCCUCUCCUACCUGAUAGAUACCUACGGCCCGCGCUACGCCGCCUCCGCAAUAGCAGUCAACGCCCUUCUGCGCUCGCUGUUCGGUGCUGUCUUUCCCCUCUUUACGCCUGUUAUGUAUGCGCGUUUGGGUGUUACAUGGGCGUCGACUGUGCCGGCGUUUCUGGCCCUCGCGUGCGUGCCUCUGCCCUUUGUGUUUUGGACAUUUGGGAAGAGGGUGAGGAGGAGGUGUCGCUUUGCGGUGGGUGGGCGUAAGUCGGGGUAG